AUCACCACCACCAACCGCAGUUCGUGGAGGCAACGGCAACGGAGCAACAGCGGCGGCCAUCAUAGGAGCAGCAACGUCAGCAGUAGCUGCCCAGGGCCCCUCGAGGAUGUCCAGCCGGAAGCCAGGCGGUGGUAAUGGUGGUGCCACCCUGGAGGACAAUGCCAGCGUGGAUAAUCCGGCCAGCAGCGGGGAGGAGGAGUCCUCAACGGGUGUCGGCGAAGAGUUAGCCAAGCCAUCAUCAUCAUCAUCGCCUACUCCCACGCAUGUGGAGGCGACAGCACCAGCUGAGGCUGAUGUGGACAGCGUACAGGAGGCCAAGGAAUCCUCCCCGGCACCCAAGACCCUUGCAGCCAACAUCAGCAGCAGCACCACAAUUACCAGACGCACGCCCACGCCCACUCUAACGCCCACCCACAGCGAUGGUGUGGCGAUCAAGAGCGUGCGCAUCACCCGGCACUCAUCGCCUCUACUGCUCCUCAGCUCGCCCACGACCUCGCGACGUGAGGUCAGCAGCGCCAGCGAUGCAGCAGGAUUGGACGGUGAGGAGCCGAAGAGCUCCGUGGAGCGUUCGCUGGCACCCGUCAUACGCGGGCGCAAGUCCAUCAAGGAUCUGAAAGAAGCCAAAGAAGUCAAGUCCGAGGAGACGACAGCAGAGCUGCCACCCAAGGAGGAGCCCCUGGCCGAGGGCAGCGAAUACCAGGAGUCGUCAACCCAGCCAGCCACGGACGAAAAAGACCACAAAGACAUAAAAGACAAGGAGAAGGAGAAGGAUAAAGAAAAGGAAAAGGAGCCAGUGACGCCCACCACUUGCAAUCGUGUCACCCGAAAAUCGCAUGCCCAGGAGCAGGCAAACAACACCCGAGUCACUCGCAAUCGUCGCCAAUCAUCUACAGUUGGUCCCAUUACCUCAGCCGCCACCUUGUCCGCUGCCAUUGCCGCCGCCGCUGCCACAUCCUCUGCCGCCGGGACUGAGCAGCCAACACCGUUGCCGCCUGCCCGCGGACGACGUAAGAAGCCAGUGGCUGCUGCUGUGGUGCCAGCAGCAAAACGGAAACGUUCCGAGGAUAAUGAUAGCAUCGCUGAUCCAGAGGCCAGCAGUGCCGCCAAGUAUAGCAAGGUGGUGGUGGUGGUCAAGUCAGAGGACACGGGAGAACCGAAUGAUGAGGAUGCAGCCGCUGCUAACCUGGCAGGAGCCAUCAAGCAAGAGCCCAUGGAUGCCAGCGAUGUUGUCUCCAUACCAUCGCCUGCAGUUACACCCACACCCGCCCCAUCCGGUCGACGGGGACGGGGUCGCCCGCAGAACAGAAACUCCACAUCGCCGGCAACGUCGACAUCGACCACAACCACACGAGCCACGCGUCUGAGCAAGGCCGGUUCGCCGGGAAUAGUGGCCCAGGAACCGGCGGCACCACCAAAGCGACGGCGGGUUGGCUCCAACACGCGGAAGACUGCCUCGGCCAGUUCGCUGGCACCCAGCUCGCAGGGCGGUGCCGGGGACGAGGACUCCAAGGAUAGCAUGGCCUCGUCUAUGGAUGAUCUGCUGUUGGCUGCCGCUGACAUCAAGCAGGAGAAGCUGACGCCGGACUUUGAUGAGAGCCUGCUAACGGAGAGCCUGCCCUCCACAUCGGCUGCCUCGAUUGCCUCGGUUUCUUCGGCCAAUGGUCAUUCCUCCUCCUGCAUUGAACCGCUCACCGUGGAUACAGAGAGCAGCAGCAGCAGCACCAAUAAGACCGCAGAUCCUACAAAAGUCAAGGAGUCGUCGCCAACGUCAGCAGCAGGAGCAACAUCAUCCGUUGACUCCUCCUCACCCCCCUCAAAGCCAGCCACACAGCAGGAGGGAUCUCCGGCAGCAGCAGCAGCAGCGGGGAAGGCUGCAUCGCUUAGUCCGGAGAUGAUAAGCGAGGGUGUGAGUGCUGUCAGCGUGCGAAAGUUCUACAAGAAGCCAGAGUUCCUUGAGAAUAACCUGGGCAUUGAAAAGGAUCCGGAGCUGGGCGAGAUUGUGCAGACGGUGAGCGGCGGCGGCAGUACCAAUGCUGUGGAAGGGGAAACGGAUGUUGAAACGGCUGCUGAGACGGCUGCUUGCGACGAAGACGUAGCUAUCCCAUCGCCACAGCCAAAAACCGAAGUGGAACUGGCCAAGGUGGAGGUGGAAAAGUCCAGCCAUGAGAAAACCAUGGAGCAGAAAGCCGAGGAAGCCGAAACUGAAGAGGAAGCUGUGCCCGAACCAUCCACGGAUGAUGUUACCGCUGAGAUAACACCACACCAAGCCGAGAUUGAAGGUGAUCUGGAGGUCUCCUCAUAUUCAAAUAACUCGCUAAAGGCAGGUCAACUUCGUCUGGAUGAGAGCACUGAAGGUGGUGCCGCUGAGGUGCUGCUGGAAGAGGAAGAAGAAGGUAGUAGCCUCCUAGUCAACGGCGAUGAAGUACCACCUGCCGAGUUGGAGGAAAAGCCAAUUCAGCUAGAGGAUCAGGUACAAGUGGAGACACAACAAAAGCCCGAGGAUUACGAUGACUUUGAAAACGAGAUCAUGGAGGAACUGGCGAAGGAGGGUGUCCUUGAUGCCAGUGGAAAUGCUCUGAGCCAGCAGGCGGCGGUCGAAACCAAAAGCCGCGACAGUGAUCCCUCGCCCGUCGUUGACGAAAUGGUGGCCAUGGAGGUGGAUGAAUCCUACAUCGAUAUGAAGCAACAGGCGGAGCAGCUAUUGGCCGAGCAUCUCGCCUCGGACACAGAUGACUGUUGUCCCGAGGAGAACAAGGAGAAUUUUUCCACGACGCCGGCAGAUGCAGCCAGCGGUGGCAGUGCCGAGGGUCUUGUAGUGGUGGAUAUACCCCUGACACUCAAGGAUGAAGUCACUGAAGACGAAAAGCCAUUGGUUGAUGAACAAAAGCCGGAGCUGCCACCUCUAAAGCUGGCGCUGCACAUAGAAAAGGAGGAGAAGGCGGCGAAUGGCAAAAAGGAGGAAGAGUCAUUGGAGGACGUGCUGCAGCAGCAGCAGCGCCGGGAACAGGAGAUCCACCUGCAUAACCUGGGUCUGUUGACGCACCAGGCGGCCGAACAGAGACGUCAGGAUCUGCAGGAGGCGCACACGCGCCAAGCGCAGCUGCACCAGAAGCAGCAGCAGCAGCAUUACCACCAGCAUGGUCAGCAGCAUCUCCACCAUCAUCACCAGCAGCAGCAGCACAAGCGACAGGGAGCGCGUGGAGGCGGUCCAAGUAGCGCUGCCCAUGUGGAAUCCAGCGGCACCCUGAAAACCGUCAUCAAGCUAAAUAGAAGCAGUAAUGGUGGAACAGGCGGCACCGGUGGCUUGCCCACUGGUACGGUCAUCCAUGGCGGCGGCGGUGGUGGUGGUGGUUCCUCCUCCGCCUCCUCAACGUCCACCUCAUCCUCGGUGGGCAGUGCCACACGCAAAUCGAGCGGUGUUUUGGGCUCUGGAACAGGAGUUGGAGCAGGAGCAGUGGCCGGCGUACGUCGGCAAUCGCUUAAGAUGACAUUCCAAAAGGGUCGGGCUCGUGGUCAUGGUGCCGCCGAUCGAUCCGCUGACCAGCAUGGCGCCCAUGCCGAGGACUCGUACUACACCAUACAGAAUGAGAACGAAGGUGCGACCAAGUCCAGUGUAACUACCGAUUCCUCCCACUCCGAGGGUCAGGGACAAGCGGAGCACGGCUUCUAUCAGAUGGUGAAGAAGGACGAGAAGGAGAAGAUUCUCAUACCGGAGAAGGCCUCAUCGUUCAAGUUCCAUCCGGGCAGGCUGUGCGAGGAUCAGUGCUAUUACUGUAGCGGCAAGUUUGGACUCUACGACACGCCCUGUCAUGUGGGCCAAAUAAAGUCCGUGGAGCGUCAGCAAAAGAUUCUAGCCAACGAGGAGAAGCUGACGGUGGACAAUUGCCUGUGCGAUGCCUGCUUCCGUCAUGUGGAUCGUCGAGCCAAUGCACCCUCCUACAAGAAGCGUCUCUCGGCACCGGGACACCUGGAAACGGGCAUUGGCAAUUCUGGGGCAAUGGAUAAACAUUUUGCCGGUGGUGAACAUGGCAUCAUUCCAGAGGGAGCAGGUGAAUCAGGUGCUACAGCUGCAGGAACGAGUGGACAGAAUCGUAACUGUGCCGUCAAGGAUUGCAUUGAGACGGCGGGACACUCGCUGCGACGCAAAUGCAUACGAAAGAGCAUGAAAAAGUUUCAGCUUAGCCUGGAGAUACCCGCUGGCACCUCAAAUGUGUGGCUAUGCGAAUCGCACUACAAUACGGUCAUCCAGUUCUCUGGUUGUGUUCUCUGCAAGCGGCGGCUGGGCAAGAAUCACAUGUACAACAUAACAACGCAGGACACGGAUCGGCUGGAGAAGGCCCUGGCCGAGAUGGGCAUACCGGUGCAACUGGGCAUGGGCACGGCCGUCUGCAAGCUGUGCCGCUACUUUGCCAAUCUCCUAAUGAAGCCCCCAGACAGCACCAAGUCCCAGAAGGCCGAGUUUGUCAAGAACUACAGGAAGCGGCUCCUCAAGGUGCACAAUCUGCAGGAUGGCAGCCAUGAGGUGUCCGAGGCGGACGAAGAGGAGGCCGUUGCCGCCUCCAAGGCUGCUGAGGCCGCCGGUGGUCACGAGGAGGAGGAUACCCAUGAGCUACCCAUGGUGGUGGACGAUGAUGGACACACCGAUUCCAAUUCGAGCAGCUCCUCUCUGACGCCGCUGGACAACAGCAAGCAAAUGUCCAAGCUGCAGGCCAUUCUCCAGCAGAAUCUUAGUGCAGGAGGGGAUGCAGCGGCAUCCGGCUCCGGCUCAACCACAGCCGUAGGCGGAGAAAGUGGCUCUUCCGGUUCAGACAUUUCAAAUGUUUUGCGCGGCAAUCCAAACAUCUCCAUGCGUGAACUCUUCCACGGCGAGGAGGAGCUGGGCGUGCAGUUCAAGGUACCCUUUGGCUGCAGCAGCAGUCAACGCACACCCGAGGGCUGGACGCGUGUCCAGACCUUCCUGCAGUACGAUGAGCCAACGCGACGGCUGUGGGAGGAGCUGCAGAAGCCGUAUGGCAACCAGAGCUCCUUCCUCCGUCACCUGAUACUGCUGGAGAAGUACUAUCGCAAUGGGGAUUUGGUCCUGGCCGCCCAUGCCUCAUCCAAUGCCACCGUUUACACGGAGACAGUGCGUCAGCGUUUAAAUUCCUUUGAUCAUGGUCACUGCGGGGGAUUGGGAGCAGCCUCGGGCUCCGGCAAACGCAGCGGAAUACCACAACCUACAAGCGGUUCGGUUUUGGCCACUGCGCUCACCACUCCCCAGGCGGCCGCCGGCCACUCAACGUCCUCCUCCUCCUCGGCGGCAGCAGCCAGUCCAGCGGUUGAGCCAACGGAUCCCAUCAUACCACUCGUGGAGCUCAACGAUGACGAUGAUGAGGAUGAUAAUGACGAAGGCAUGACCGGCGAGGAUGGAGCCUCAGCACCUACCACAAGCCUGGACGAUAGCGAGUCGGAGGUAACGCCACUGGAACGCCUUAGCACGGUCUCCGUGGACAAGCUGACCAAGCAGCUCAGCUCCAAUGCGGUCACGAUUAUAGCUCGGCCCAAGGACAAGUCGAGCAAUGCCACAAGUUCCACCUCCAGCCCCUCAUCAGCAGCAGCAGCAGCCGCUGCAUCCUCCUCGGCCGAGGAGGUAGUGGUAACCAAGACCACCGCCACCACAGCACCAGCAGCAGCAGCGGCGACAGGAGGAACACCCGCCCAGUCCAAGGAUGCACCGCCGCUGGUGCCCACCAUUGGUGGUGGCAACAGUCGCAGCAUACUCAAGACCAAUCUUUUGGGCAUUAACAAGGCGGCCGUGGAGAUUGUGCCGCUGUCCUCCUCCUCUUCAUCCGCCUCUGCCUCCGCCUCCUCAUCCGCCUCAUCCACUGCCACGACAGUCUCCUCGAUGGAGAGAUCAUUGUUUAAGAUAACUCAGGAAGACAAGUUGUUGAAGGGCAAGCUAGCCGGGCUGCUGUGUCUGCAAAGCAAGCUGAAGGAGCAGGAGCAGCAGCUGCAGCAGCAGCAGCAGCAGCAGGGAGCAGCUGCUGGUGGCUCACAGAAGGUAACCAGUGUGGCGCAGCUUUUAAGCUCGCCGCCCGAGCUGAUAAGCCUUCAGCGUCGUCGGACAAGCGGGAAUGCUCCAGCGGGAUCAACAUCAUCAUCAUCGAACAGCCUGCUAGGGAAUCUGCAUGGCAAGAGGCUACAAUUGCCACGGUUGCCGGCAGCAGGAGGUGGAGGAGGACCUGUUGCGGGAGGAGGAGGUCGCGGAGGAGCAGGAGCUGGACCUGGAGGACCUGGAGGAGCAACAGCACCGCCACCACCCAAUGUGGUCAAGCUGCCGGACACUCUAACGCCGCAGGAGCGGCACGAGAGCAAAAGUUGGAAGCCCACGCUGAUACCGCUGGAGGAUCAGGUGCCAAACAAGUCGCAUGCCCUCUACCAGACCGCCGAUGGCCGGCGAUUGCCAGCUUUGGUGCAGGUGCAAUCCGGCGGCAAGCCAUACCUCAUCUCCAUUUUCGAUUACAAUCGCAUGUGCAUUCUGCGACGGGAAAAGCUGCUGCGAGACCAGAUGCUGAAGGCCAAUGCCAAGCAGAAGCAGAACAAUCAGCAGCAGGGACAGUCGCAGCAGCAGCAGCAACAGCAGCAGCAUCAGCAGGGGCAUGCCGCCUCGGUGGCCGCCUUCUCCAACAUGGUGAAAAUGGCCCAGCAGCAGACGGCGCGCCAACAGCUACAGCAGUUGCAGCAGAAACAGCAGCAACAGCAGCAGCAGCACUUGCCCACCCUGCAGCCGGGUGGUGGAGCUGCCGCUGCGGCUGUACGACUGGCCAGACUGGCACCCAAGCCAAUGCCACCGCUAACCAACCCGCAAAUAGGCAGCCAGGCGCCCAAUUUCCAGCCUCUGCUGCCCAAUCCCCUGGACAACAGCAACAACUCCUGGCUGUGGAAGAACUUUCCGGAUCCCAACCAGUAUCUGUUGAAUGGAAAUGGCGGACCUGUGGGAAAUUCUGCCAGCAAAUUGCCACAUCUCACGGCCAAACCGGCCACGGCAACAAGUAGCGGCGGAGGAGGAGGAGGAGGAGCAUCAUCAGCUGGUGGAGGCAACAACAAGGGUGGAGGCAAUGGCGGCCUGUAUGCCAUCAAGCUGCAUCAAUUGCAACAGCAGCAACAGCAGAAGCUCAUUGAUAAUGCCAUCAUGUCCAAGAUACCCAAAAGUCUCACCGUAAUACCUCAAGGAGGAGGAGGCGGUGGCAGCAGCAGCAGCGAUAUGGGAGGCGGUGGCAAGGACUGAUGACGGCGAAAGCAAUGGCCACCGGCGUUGGUGGUGGGCACCCGGCGUAGCAGCAGGAUCAACCAGCAGCAGCGGCGAUGACCCAUGGA